AUGCGGAUCUGGACACUCAAUGUCCCUGCGCCUGUCGACCUGCCUUGGCGGCCGCAAGGUUACCCAACACGCUGGCUCCGUGAAUUGAUGUGCCGUUUACAUCACAUUGACGACCCCGGUGAGUUCAGGUCUACUCUCUCCUCACCCGCCGGGACUGUGCAGCACGUUCUCUUCGUGCCGGUUGUGCCCACCACACAUCCUAGUGCUAGAUUCUGGCUGCUGCACUGGGGAGAUGCGGCUGUGGUUACUUUUGGGCAUACCCCUUUUCAUUGGGAUGUUGUCUCCGCUCACAUCCGAGCCCUGUUCCCAGGGGGACCUUUGCCAGACCGUUGCCCAGCUCUUUCCUUUGCAGGCCAGUUUUAUCCGCCUGGAGCUCCCUUGCCUGACUUCCCGUCUGGAGCUGUCAUUCAGAUCAUCAUCGGUGCUCUUGCGCGAAUCCCGGGAGAUGAUGAUCCCUGGAACCCUGACCCGCUAGUCCUUGAUAGCCCCUUCUUCCGACAUGUGCCCAGUCGUGGCCCUGCACUGGAACCGGCCAUACGGCUUGAUGGGCGUGGCAAUCAACUUGCUGCUGGCGCCUCGCAAACUCCCCUGGUUGAUCAAGGUGUACAGACUGAUCUCUCAGGUAACGGUACUGGUCUCGACCACGCUACUGUUUCACGGGUUCAUCUGCUGUCCCGUGAACUCUCUUUCCAUACGUCACGACUCUGGGCUGGACUUGCGGAGCCUGACGCUGAGCCCGUUGGAGACUCCCCCUCCGUCCUGAGGCUGUCCUCCCAAAGCGCGUGUGCUGCUGCCUCUGCCCCGAACGUCGAUUUGCUUGAUAUCGGAGGUACUUCUGGCAGCCGCAAGCUGGCUCUUCCGUGCUCUGUUAGUUGGGUCUUAGUCGGGGCUCUUCUUGGUUUUAGGGGGGUUGCGUUCGGGAGCUUUCUUGCUCUUGCAACUGUCAGUGAUGGCUCCAUUAUUUUCCCCCCGCCGGAUUGUUCGGAUGAGGAGCAGUCUGAUGAGGACGGUCCCCCUCCUGUCCAAGCUGAGAACAUGUCUGCCGCUGCUGGUGCACCAGUCCCUUUCACCAUUCCAGCUGGACCUCCUCCACCGGAGCCGGUGAACGCCCCCUUUCAACCCCGUUUGCGUUAUCUUCGUGCAGCCCGCCCUCUUGAGGAUUAUGCUCUCGGACUUUGGCCCUCCACUCUUGAUCGGGAGCCGGCUGCCGAUGAGGACGUUGUUCGACGGGUCCAAGCAGAUUUGCUUGGACUACAACGAGGCCUACGCACAUUUGCCGCUGCCAUACCACUGGGCACGCCCUUUUGUAUCCACAACCCCUUCACUGCCAGACAGCAAUGUGACAUUGUGGAAUACUCCGCUGGGCCGGAUCUUAAUCCCUUUGUCCUGUUUCAAGGACAUGCACGCAGCCGUGGUUGGGCCGGGAUGGUCUUGCUCAUGCCGCAGCCCGAUGCCACAGCUGUGCACCUAAUCGGCUGCCUUUUGGCGCCGGGCAAUGUCGCGGUAGGUGUCGUCAUUGACGGACGCCUCCUUCCAUGCUGCCUUCCUGCGUGUGUCGCCUGUGCAGCGCUCCAGGCGCUUCACCUUGACGGCCAUGAAUAUGAUCUCCGACCUCCGGAGGUUCACGAAGAAACUGCUGUUGUUCAAUUUCGCAAUGGUGACUGUCUGGCGGCGAGGCGCCGCCCAUCCCGCCAGCUACCCUCCCAGCAGGAUGUGCAAGAUGCCACUGCAGAAACCUUGGGGGUUGGCACCGAUGCUGCAGCAACGGUCCCCGAAUCGACUUCUGCUGCAUUCAGGGCCGCAGGUUUGUGGGCUUGGCUUGUUUUCACAUCCGCCAGGUUGCCUGGUGUGGCGCCUGCCAUGCUCGCUCUCUGCCUCUGGCGCGCCGAGGUUCUAGGUAUGCAUAGGCCAGGUGGCUUCCCUUGGGGCGUCGAUCCGGUUAACCGGCGGUUCUCUGGCAUUACGAGUGAGGACCCGGUUGAAGUUGUCUUGCACAGCCCCUUUUUAGGGGUUUUUCCACCCUUUACAGCCUCCCAGGACACCUGCCACACUCAGGCCUGGGCCCAGUUUCGCAAUGAUGAUCCGGGGUGGGCGGCAGACUACUUUCCGGUCUGGCCAGGGCCUGCAUUCAAUGAACUUUCCGUCGUCCCCGUCGGACAUGAUCCUGCCCUUGUCACCAUUAUGCUUGUCUGGGGAGGCCACCAUCGGGCAACACUCACGCCCCGAACUAUGACGGUUGCGUGGUUGACUUCCUUUGUUGCCCGCCAUAUCAACAGUGAAGUUGGCGGGCUCUCACUUCCUCACGGGUUGGCGGUUUGCGAAUAUUUUGAUGUCCCGCCAGCCGCUUUUCGGUUCCGCAACGGGGACGUCGUUUAUAUCCAUGAUCCCCCAGCGGACCCUGAUGAGCCGUUAGAGUUUGUGGAGCCUUGGCACCUCCAAGAUGGACUCGCGGCACACCACGCUCCAUGGGCAGUGGGAUUCCAGCUUAUGUUUCCGAUUUCGGUUCACCUGCUCCGUCCUGAGAAACCGCCACUGCUCACGAGCAUCCCGGCCGGCGAAUCUUGGUGUCCCGAGGCGUUUUCAUUUUCUGGGGACUUUAGACACCAAUUUCCGGGCUUUUGGACGCCGGUCCAGUGGACGAGUGCUCGUGCCCUGCAGCUUAUGGCGGUUAACGAGGUUGCUGCUAAGGUUAAUGUUGUAGCGGCUACUCCUGAAGGGCGGUUGUGCCGAUCGGUUGAUCGUGUUGCGUCUCGUGACAGCCUCGCUGCUCAGUUGAGGUUCUGCCCUGCGACGGUUCAGGUUGGCGGGGUCCCGUCAUAUGCCAUGGAGCAAGCUUGCGAACUCCGCAACGGAGAUGUGAUUUUCGGAGAAUUCGCUCGCGGCGAUUGUGCGACUGCCUCCUGCCGCCUCGGUUGGUGGUUGGGAACUGCCUUUGCUUUCUCACAUCUGACCACGGCACGCCAGUUCUUGCUUGUCCUUGCUGUUGGCCUCAUGCAUGGUGGCCAGUCUUCGAGCCUCGGGGCCGGUGCUUUGUUUUUCUUGCCGUCAGCGGCGGCCAUGAUUCAACGGGCACCUGCCGCCCCCUUGGCACCUCUGGCUAUCCCUGCUGCCACUGUUAACCGAGUCACCCUCACUUUGGCCAAUCCCUUUGCGCCCUGGCAACGCGUUGAAGUUGACCCCAGUAAUGCCUUUGAGGAUGUCAUCGCGGAUGCACAUCACACCCUGACGUCGUGGCAUCGGGGGUUUGCUGAAUCCGGGUUGGUGUCCGAUGGUUCGCAUGUUCUGGUCCCGAGACCAGGAGGGAGGCUUGCAUGCAUACUGGUUUCGGGUCUGGGGCAGCUUCUUUGUGUUGUCGUACCCUCCUUUCUCACCCCCCGCGAUUUAACCCAUGCCUUGCAGCUUCGCUUUGGCCGCCGGGUAAGUGCACACCUCUCGUCGUCAUCGCCUGCCACGUCGUCCUCGGCCUGCUCCUCGUUGUCCUCGUCCAGCCGGGACACCAGACCUGUGCUCGCUUUGCGAUCAGGUGACUUGAUAGCAGUCCGGCUUUUCCAGUCGGACCCUUCAGCAGGGCCACGCGAGACGCCCGUCUUCUUGACCUGGGGAGCUGCACAUGCCGCCUCAGCAUGGCAUUGUGACUUUAUUGUCGCUCAUGCCUCCUGUGUGCUGCUAUGGUCACCCAGCCGACCCACUCGGGUCGCUCUCCUCCGACACCAAGCGCGGUGGAAUGCUGCGGAGGCCACCGUUUGCCAACACGAGGAGGCCUUGGGAGUCCACCGUUGGGCGCCUUGCCACGGACACUUAGGGACGCCACCCUGGCUUGUUGAGCAAGCCACUGCUUUUGGGCGUGUGAAAAUCAUUCAGUCUUGUGGCUCCACCAGGCUACUGAGGAAGCCAGUGUACGCGACGGUGAUUGGUGGGUUCAUUCCCUUGCAGCUGGACUGCUUGGGCGUCGGAUGCCUGCGCUGGCCAGACUUCUGCUCCUUGUGUAUGGUUUCAGUGGGCAAGCCUGGGCUGUGUCAUCCGGCUCCUCGGGUCGAUGCUCCAGUGUUGACUCCUCGGAAGCUCGCACCAUUCGCACCAGGAUGCCACCUCGGCGGAGUCGCUCCCGUGAUCGGGACAGCUCUCACCGCCAUUUUCCUGCGCGAGUCGAUUUCAGCAGUGGUGAACCUUAUGUCCUACAGGCGGGGUGGCAGCCUGAUUGUACUGACGGUCAGCUUUGUUUUGCCCGCUGCUUUCCAGGUCCAAGGUUGGAGCGAAUUUCAUUUUGCCAGAUUGGAAGGACCAUGGUCCCUGUUUGAAGCUGUUGGGUCCCGACACUGUGGUGCUUGGGCAACCCGCUUCUUCCCUGUCCGUGCGGCGUUUCCGUUCGCCCAAGUUACGCUUGCCCCGGUUGCUCCUUUCGGGAUGGCAAGUGUAGUUUUCCACACCCUUAGUGGCACAGCCGUUGCCUUAGCGUCGGUUGAUGCGUCUCUCGAGGACAUUCAGCGGCUGGCCGCCCGCCUCAUUCCCAGCACACGGUUUUGGGUUGUCAUUCCGCCUCCUUCCCUCCGUGCUGCUCACAUGCACACGCACAUCCGCCUUCGCAACGGAGAUGCGUUUGGCUUUCUGCCUGACUCUACACAACCCGGCUCUACGCGGUUCCCUGCUCUGCACUACCCAUCCCUUGAUAGGGCGCGGCAGGUUGCCAGCCGGUCGUUAUCUUUCAGGUUCGACACAGGCUCCUGGGUACCAGUCCUUACGGGUGACCUGUCGGACCUGCAUCUAAUGUCCCGCACCUCAAUUUCUGAAGCGCAUGUGCUCUUUCUCCUGCCGCCAGAGCAGACACCGGUGGGGGUCUUCCUUGCAGGCUGCAACACCCAUCGCAUCCCCUUGGGAUGGCAACUGUUACCUGCCAUUCGUUAUGUGCGUGCUGGUAGCACGUUGCGGGACGGGGACGUCUUGGUUAUUGCCCCGAAUGCUGAUCUUGUUUGGGACCCAUUCAGUCUACGGCCUCCCAGUCUAGAUGAUGCUCAGCCGCAGAGUGCCCCGCACACCUGGCAUCAAUCUCUGACCUCUGCCUCGCCUGGCCCCACGGUUCUGCUUGGCGUUCUCGCGGUUUCGGUUGGUCGCGCUCCCUGGUGGUUAGGGCUAGCCCUCGGGGUUGUGCUGGGGUCUAGCAUGGUGCCUUCUUACGAGCUCCCCGAUCCGCCCAUCCGAGUUGGGCUGUACCCAUGGCGCGCCCGUCUAGGUGAAGGUGACCUUCUCGAUCUUUCGGCCCGACCUGAAUUGGAUAUUGUUCUGCUUAGUCCUUUCACAGGGCCUCGGGAGGCAGGUCGUCUGUAUACCUCCGCUGCCAUUACUGAGCUUAACACUUUGACGCAGGCCUGUGAGCCGGCCUGGGGUGCCGACGUUGUGCCCGUCUGGCCGACAGCCGCCCUUCCAGCCUUGUUGGUCGCGCUCUCCCUGCGGGCACCUAGCUCCUUGGCCGCGUCGACACCUCCUGACGGCGUUAUCAGAUGGCGUUCAGGCGAUCUUGUUGUCGCCCUGCCUCCGGCAGCCUUCGAGCCUACCUACCAGCCCCCGUGCUUCCACACUGAUGCGCAGGUUCGGCAUUGUGCUGUCUGGGCAGUCGACUUUUCGGUCUCUGUCCGGACAAAUUUUGUUCUUUGGCGCCCCGGGGUCCGCGCAAUCCGGGGCCAUGCACCCGAAGGGGCACAGUGGCGGGCCCUCGACUUUACGUUUGCCGGGGAAUUCAGUCAACACUAUCCUGGGCGUUGGGUGCCGGUACCAUGGAUUGCCCAAGACCAUGCCCAUUUAGUUGUGGUGUCCGAGGACCCGACAUACGUCAAUGUUGUCAUUGAAGCUGACGGUAAGUGCUGGUGUGCCCCAGUAACUGCCGCGACGGACGCCUGGCAGUUAUGGAAUGAUGUGCCCUCCAUCUCCACUCAGCCACGAGUCCUGGGUCUUUCACACCAGGAACUGCGCCAAGGCACUGUCCUCCGCAAUGGUGACGUUGUGUCAAGAGCUCCCCAGAUCGCCCCGCCGUCAGGUGGCGUUCAGGUUCUCCUCGCUUUCUUUCUCUCUGCCCGAUUUCUACCGACUUUCCCGAGCUCCUUGGUUCUGAUUGCUGGCUUGUUUUUCGGCUGGCAUAAUGAGGCUGCCGGUGCACGCCACCUUACCAUCGCGGUUGGCCUUGCUGCCACCGGGCAGGGUCAUGUUGGGGCAGUUAGGACGCAUGACACACCCUCUCCUGCAGGGGAUUGUCACCGCCUCUGGGAGCCUUCCGGCUCUGUGUCAGGGCCGUUCUUUGGUCCCGUUGAUCGUCCGCCUGAGGAGUUGCGUCAUGCCGCUGUUGCGUGGUCUGAUUUUGCUCAAGUCCUGCCACCUCAAGAUCCUCGCAUAGUGGAUUGGGUGCCUGUCCCUUCGGAUCCUCUCUUCGUUGUUGUCUUGCUGCAGUGCCCGCCUGCGACUCGAGCCGCCAUCUUGCCAGCCACGUGUCACGCUGCAGACCUUACUCGAGCUUGUCGACGGUCGGUCCCUGAUUUAGCUUGUGUUUUGGCCUCGCCUGAAAUCUGGUGUGGCACCGCCACUUCCUUUACCCCAACUCUUUUCCUUCGGUCUGGGGACGUGCUGACCCUGGCAUGUGCCGGCUGGGCUCCACGCUUGCGCUCUCCCAGCGGCCGCUAUUGGGAUACCUUCUAUCAGGCCCGAAAAUUUGCCUUUUGGGGUAGCCCCUUUCAGAUCCGCAUGCCAGGCCUCUUGUUUGCGUGGUCGGCCGGUGAUCCUGUUCCCUUGACGGUUCACACCGUUCAAAAUGAAGUGUGGGACCCGGAACACUGCACAUUCCGACCCUCUUUGGCCCGGUACAGUGUUGACCGUUGGAUCCCGGCGGCCCGUUGUGAUCUGCUUGGCCUCCACCUUGUCCCUGAGAGCCUUAACCCGCAUCGUGCACAUGUUCUGCCCACGCAGCCACCUCUUCGGUUGCUGGAGGUCUCCCGUUACAGCACACAGGGUCUGAUUCGGGAUGGUGAUAGCGGCUCUCUUGGUAGCAGCGCUCCCUCCCCGCGUCUUCUGCUGUGCCUUGCUGGCCUUCUGCUGGCGCGGAAUGCCUUGUCGCUUUGGCCCAGUGGAGGGGCUCUCCUUCUUGCAGGGGCCUCCUUUGGGGCUUUCCCCUUCCGUGGCACCCUUGUCUUACCAGGUGUUGCCCCUGUUGCGAUGCCGGUUACUGUGCAGAAUCUUCGGGUUGGGUCGCACAUGUGGCCGCAGAUUGCGCUAAGCAGGGGUUCCUUUACCGCGGCUGGGGGACCUCGCCGUGGUGGAGCGCUGCCCUUUUGGCUUGCCGCCCCGGAGCCGGCUGCGAGGUCUGGGGUCCAGACUGCUCCUGUUCCACCGGCAUGGUCCGCGUCCUUGCUUGACUGUUAUGGCCGUGCGUGGGGCGCGCCGGCCGAUGACCGCGACUCCGAUGCCGUUCCUGAAGCAACUCCGGAGGCUCAUUGUCUCGAUUUGCAGGACGCCGGGUAUCAUUAUGCCGGCUUGGCAGCACAUUAUCUGUUUAAGCCCCUUCUCACCGACCUUCCUUCGUCACUCGCUCCCCUGCUUCAUCAGGGAUGGUGCCGUUUUCCCCGUUGGCCAGGCGGUGUCCCGGAUGAAGUCUUCAUUGCCACUGAUGGUAGUGGGUUAUGCAAGGGAGGCUGGGCCCUAGCUGUGUGGGUCUCGUGGAAGGGCAAUUGGUACCGCCUAGGCUGGGACGCCGGCAGCCUUGCUUCUACACCCUGGCUUCCCUCGUUUCCUGCUACUCAUCUUGACAUUCGUUCUUACCUGGGGGAGCUGAGCGCCUUGGUGUCUGCUGCCGCCUGGUUUACGGUGUGGUGGGACAACAUGCAGCUUUUGACCGGACACGCGCCUGCCAGGGUUACCUUAGCAGUUGACAACAGUGCAGCGCUUCAAGUCGCGGGGGGCCAUGCUUCGGCGACAACGCCUCAUGCUCGUGUCUGCCGGGCUCUGUGGCAGUCGAUCCAGUCCCGAUGUUCGACGCAUUUCAGGCAUGUGCCGGGCCACACUGGCAGCCUCGUCAAUGAAAUAGCCGAUGCCUUGGCGGGGUACGGAACUGCUCAUGACCGUUGUGCGUCUGUUGGGUGGUGCCGCCUGCCAGCUACCUUUGGGGACUCACUUCUAGAGUGUGCCCCGCUCAUGUGGCUCUUGCCGCAGGCACGCCUGGAAGAAGGUCGGUUGUGUUGGCGCUCCUUGGGAUGGGUCGAUUGCCCCCGCACUUCCACGCAAGAGCCCCCACCGAUACAGCCUCAUGUGCGGCAAGAUGACAAGCAGGUCAAGCCUCUUCGUACCACCGUCACUCUGGUGCAAGCCAACAUCCAGACAAUGAAAGAUGUUGAUGUGUCCUUCUUCAAUAGGGAUGGACACGGGCAGCGUCGCAUCUACUUGGCUAAGCAACUUCGAACUCUGGGGGUUCAUAUUGCCUUUCUUCAAGAGUGCCGUAGCCGCCCGGGCCGGUGGUCCUCCCACGGCUUUCUCAGCUUCCGGUCUGGAGCCGAGAAAGGGCUGUUCGGGGUCGAAAUUUGGAUCCGCCCUGACCUGCUGCACCCUGUAUUGAGUCUGGACGACUUUCGCAUCCGCUUUGCCAGCCCGAGAAUUCUGUUAGUGCAGUGUCAACGAGCUGAGCUCCCGGUUACUCUUGUUGCAGCCCAUGCACCACAUGCUGAGAGGCCGGGUGCGGAUAUUCGGCGAUUUUGGCAUGAUCUCAGGACGCAACUUCUUCCGGCCUGCAAUCGCGGUACCGUUCUGCUAGGGAUUGAUGCUAACGCCGACUUCAUUGGCCGUGAUGAGGAAGAGACCCUUGUUGGCGACCUUCUUAAUCUCCGCCCCGCCAGGCUUGGCGACGAUCUCCUUCUUGCCUGUGCACAUGAUACGGCGCUUGCUGCCCCAGGCACUUGGUCUGAGGUCUGCACUGGACCCACUUGGACUUGGCAGCACACAGGAGGGAAGACCCAACGCUUGGAUCACCUGCUUAUUACCCACGGCACUCGGGUCUCUCAGUAUCGCCAAUUUCCUGAAUUUGACAUCUUGAAUGGCGAGGCCAGGGAUCAUAUGCCCAUUGUCAUUACUGUGGACGUUUCCGGAAAGUCCGCAGGUAAAAUGCAUCCGCGCUGCCCCUACUCGGCUGACUCCGGUGUCGCUGUCGCUGAGGCUGUCUGGGACGCUCUACACCAGUCUCCACCUGGUAGUAGUGCUGAGAGGGUCCAGCAACUCUGUGUUGCCCACGACCAUGCGGUCCGUUGCCUUCCUGCCCGGCCCCCUCUUCAAAAAAGGCAGCCUUAUCUGUCUGAAGUUGCUGCCGGCCUCCUUGAAACUCUUCGUGAUGCACGGGCCGAGGUUAGGCGGCUUCAAACCCUCUAUCACCGGCAACUAUGUCUGGUUGCCUUUAGGGCAUGGUGCCGCCGCCGAGUUGAGUCCCCAGCCCUCCCUUGGGAACUUCACCAGGUCCGCAUGAUGCUGGCGCAUUUUGCACACGUGUGUUUCCGGCUGCGAGCGCAGGCUCAUGCACAGGCACGGCUUGAUAAGCAGGCUUACUUUGAAUCCAUGCUCCUCGGUGCAGUCGACCACUGGCAUGCCACCGGGCGCCCUCUCGAGGCUGUUGCCAAGCUGUCUUGGGCAUCCAAAGGCGCCAAGCAAAAACGUGAUGUUAGGGCGGCAAGUGGGUUUGACAUCGAUGAGCAACUCCAGCUGCAAUUCCAGCAGCAGGAAGAUGGCCGUCCGGUGUCGGAUGCCCAAUUGAGCGCAGCCUUUUCUCUCUGGGCUGCUGCACCGCGUGGCGUUUGUCUUUCGGCACUACCCACCCUUCUUGAUGUUGAACACAUGUGUCGACUCCAGCGCCGAGGCAAGGCCCCUGGCCCGGACCACAUUCGUAAUGAGGUCUGGCGAACCCAUCCUGAUCGCGCCGGGCGAUGGUUGUGGCCUAUGUGGGUUCAUCUCGCUUGGGGCGAGGCCGAGCCACUUCACUUUAAAGCUUCUACUGUAGGAGCUCUUCACAAAAAGGGCCCAGCUCACAUUCCUGCCAACUUCCGUUCCAUUGCCAUGCUGAAUGGAGUGGCUAAGUUGUGGCACUCCCAACUUCGGGCCACCCUGGGUCAGGAAGUUAUCGCUCAUUACUUUCCGACCCAGCUCGGUGGUAGGCGAGGCGUCGACACCGGCCUUGCCCUCACUGUCUUCCGCUCUGCUGUUGAUCUAGCUUCCGUUCACGGCCGUUCCUGGGCUGCCUUGUUUGUCGAUAUUCAGGCCGCCUACUAUGAAGCGGACAGAACCUUGCUUUUCCAUGGCCGUGACCUUGAACCAGCUCUUGCGGGCCUGCAGUUGCCUCGUCACGUUCAUGGCCUUAUUCAGGAUGGCGUCCUCGCGGGUCUCGGGGUUCCCGCUGACCAGGUUGCUCUCCUGCGUGACUGCGUCGAAUGCUCGUAUUGGCGCCUUGUCGGCCAGCACCAGGCCAUCAUGGCAGGUCGAGGUUCUCGGCCCGGGGACGGACUUGCAGAUGUCCUGUUCGGACAGUGCCUACAUUUUGCGCUCAAGGCUGAAGAUAUUGUUCAUGCUGCUUCCUCUGAUGCCCUUGGUCGACCCGAUGCAUCCCUCCAAAUCGCAUGGGCUGAUGACCUGUGCCUGCUUGUUGAUUUCAUCCGAGCCACUUGGGCUGUCUCGAAGUUGCGCCGCCUUUGCACUAUCGUCCUCCAAGUUUUCGAGGCCUUUCGGUUCCGCGUCAACCUUGGAGCAGGGAAGACAGAGGCGCUCGUCCACCUACAAGGAGCGGGGGCUAAUGUAGCGCGCAAGGAUCUAUUAACCCCUGAGCCCCUUCUUGCUCUUAGUGACGGGAGAGGCAUUAGGGUUGUCCCUGAAUAUAAGUACCUAGGGGUCGUGCAGCGUUGCCGUGACACUGGCCGACGGGAUGUCGAGGCAGCCGCCGCACGUGGCAACUCUAUCUGGACUCAAGCCUCUGGACUUGUGCAUUCUGAGAAGUUGCCGUGGAUGCUCAAGUCCGUAUGGCUGCAGGGAAGGACUCUCCCAGCAGCGUACUCCUCCCUCGCCACUACCUUAGCUCGUUCUGAACGAGCCUGGGGACCCCUGAAUGGAUUCUACGACAAAUGCCUUCGGCAGAUUGUCGGGUCCUGGGAUGCUGGGCACCAUGUUGCCUCAGUCCAACUGCGGGCCUGUACCGGGGUUUUGGAUGUGGAAUGCGCGACGGUUAUCGCUCGUGUGCGCCUGCUCUGCCGCAUUGCCUCGGGCCGUUCCCCUGACAUAUUUGAAUUGUUCCAAGCCAGCUGGGAUCGCGGCGGGGAAUGGUCUUCACUCCUUGCUGAUGCGGUGCGGCGGGUUUGGCCGGCCUGUGGCCUACCAGCACUCCAGAAAGGCGAGCCUACCCUUCUCUGUGUGCGACGACACACCAAAGAGAUCCUCUCGGCCUGUCGCCGGAUCAGUCGGUCCGGAACUAUGCUGCUGGCUCUCCAUCGGGCGUGGAGGAGUCAUGGCGGUCCGCCACCCAAGCGUGUGAUUGGUCUCGCGUCCCCUCACAUAUGCCCGGAGUGUGGUGUGACUCUCCCUUCGGCGCAUGCUUUAGCGGCCCAUGCUCACCGUCUUCAUGGGCGCGUUGCUCUCUGCACACAGUACACGUUGGGGACGAUCUGUCUGUGGUGUAUGGUCGAAUUCCAUAACGCCGCGCGUCUCCGGUAUCAUCUUUUGCACUCACCGGACUGCGAGCACGGGUUGCGGUGCUGUGUUGGCCCUGUCUAUGAGUAUGGCACAGGCACCAAACGUCGCGGCAAACAAGGCCAUGCCAGGGCCCCGGUUUUCCGUGUUGCAGGCCCGUGUAACGCUACCGCAGCCCAGCGCCGUGCCGCCGAGGAGGGGCGUUGCUGCACGGAAGAGGAGCUCUCUGCUGAGUUACGCACUGUCGCUCCUGGCCCAAGCUUCUCCGAGGGCACUCGCUCCUCUCCUGUUGUGCCCUUUCGCCGUGUUGGUGGUAACUCUACUCUUGCUUCUGGCGAAGCGGUUAGCACGGUCCCGUGUCCUGUGGUCUUGCACUCACCACAUGCUCCUGUUGCUCCCUCCACCGGAGCUUUGGAUUUUGGCCCCCCCACCUCCUCGGUUCGUCCUUCUUCCGCUGACACCGCGGCUGCUUCUGCUCGGUACCAGACACAUCCAGCGGACAGAUUCUGCAUUGUCUAUUGUUUCGACGAGGCUCCUGGUGCCUCGUCGUUUUGCGUCCCCUCUUGUCGGUGGUGUGCGGUGCCUCCCGCCAUCUGGUGUCUCCCGCAGUCUUGGGCGCGGUGCUGGAAGCUCUUUCUUGCCCUUGAUUCGCUGCACCCGUGGUCAGCUGAGACUUGGAGACUCACUGCCUUUCUGCGCCAGGAGGAACGCCCAUCUCCGAGCGCCACUCUCGGAUGCCUGACGUGCUUCGAUCAGAUCGCGGCACAGCGGAUCCUUUUCCUGCGGAGGAUGCUCAUGUGUCUCCACUUGCUUCGUCAGAUCAAGGCAGGAGCUGCUCUGUGGUGCGCUGUUCCCUUGCCAAGUGCCUUCUGGGAACUUCUGCGUCGUGUCGUACCUCUCGCAGUUGGUACAUCGACUGUCGCCGUGCUUGGUUUUGGCACUGUCGUUAGUCUACCUGCGGUCGCCCCGCGGGCUCUUUCCUCUCUUGCCUCGGGCUGGCUUUCCUUGGCCUCUCCCCGUCGCUUGGCGAUGCCGCACCAGCUUCCUUUGUAG